AUGCACAAGAUAUCCAACUUCACGGGUCAAGCCCGGCACGGCUGGGAGAAAAUGACGCCGUCGGCCGGCUUCCCGUUCUCGAGGUCCAACCACGAGAUGCCCGUCACAGCUUCGAUCAAGCGCCCGCCAACCGCAACCUCGGCGCCGCCCGUCAUCCCGCCUGGCACGCAGGUCAACCUCAGCUUCAACGUGCCCUUCAGUAGCAACCUCGCCGGGCCGGACCCUGACGACAUGAUGUGGGCGAGCCCCGGAGCAAAGGCACGGUGGACCAUGCCGGAAGGGACGGCAGAGGCCACGCCCACGCACAAGCUGCCCGUACACGCCCAGAACGUCGACAACCUGCGCGCACUGUGCCGCGACGUGAGCGAGCAGACCGAGGGACGUGUCUCCGCCACGGUCGUGUCAGCCGAGUCCAAGCCGCUGCCGGGCCUGCAGCGCGGGCCAUUGAGGGCGCUCGUCACCAACGUGUGCCUGUCCGGCGAGCUGGAGAUUGUCAACUCGAUGCGGUGCAAGAUCCUGAACUCGACCCCCAUCUCACUGCGGUCGUCGUUUGUCGACAUCGACUCGGAUCUCAUCAUCGACCGCCCCACGCAGAACAUCAAGGCCGCCGUGCUGAACCAGCUCGAUCUCAUCUCCAAGACGACCAAGGCCGACAUCUUCCUGCUGAUGCCCAAGACCCCCGAUAUCGAGUCUGCGAGCUUCAAUGGCAACCUCGACUCCACCAUGGACCCCCGUCUCCGCUGCGCCAUUUACGGCGAUUUGGAGACAAUGGAGCACGCAAAGACGCGCGUGUUGAUCAUGAUUGAUCAGAUUCUGAAACGAUAUGUUGACACGAUGAAGCUCGAGCUGACCAUGCAUACGUUGAUCUGCGGCCGCGGACGCAAGAACAUCAAGAUGAUUGAAUCUGCCACAGGAACCGCCAUCUACUUCCCGCCCCCGUUCCCUCGGUUGUUCGGGUACACCCCCCCAGGCGCACAGCGAAGGCCGGACGACUUGGUAUACAUCACAGGCGAGAACUCGGAGUGUAUCUUGCGCGCCAAGCAACGUCUGCACGAUCUCGUCAUGUCCACCAAGGUGUUCGUGAAGCCUGUGAUGGUGACUGACACUAAGCUUGAUGCCAUUCUUCUUGAGCGUCUUGACAAAGUGCGCAAGAUCAUUGAGAACAACGGUUCAUAUAUUCUGCUGCCACCACUCGGUGUCCAGCGAGGUGUCGUUCGCGUUCAGGGCACUGAUGUCCUGCAUGUUGAGCGCACAGUGCGUGAACUGAUGGCCCUCGCUGGACAAUUUUACAGUGCCUCGUGGUUCAUCACUCACCCUGACCCUACGCAGCGCCCGCCCACUGCAGCUGACGUUCGCGCUAUGCUCUCUGAUAUCUGCAUCAACUCAGGUGCUGAAGUCAGCUUUGAGAAGCUCAACUUCCACAUCUAUGGAUCAGACGAUGCUGUGAGGGCUGCAUUGAUGGUGAUUAGCAACAUCCCAUUCGUGAAGAAAUCUCAGUACAACAUGAGUGUCAAGAUUGAGCUUGCCAACGAGCACAAAGAGUUCGUCAGCGGUAAGAAGAAUGGCAAGAUCAACAAGAUCAUGAGCCACAGCAGCGUGCAGAUCGUGUUUGACGGUUUCAACGAGUACAAUUUCUACAUUGUAGUACGUGGCGCACAGUACGAAGCGACCAAGAACGGUCUCGAUCUUGUCGAACAGGAGAUGCCUGCUGCCAUCUCGUUCCAUGUGCCAGAUCAGUACCACAAGCGUAUUAUCGGCAUUGGCGGUCAGCACAUUCAGCGCAUCAUGAAGAAGUAUUCCGUCUUUGUCAAGUUCUCCAACGCCAUGGACCGUGGUGGCUUCGGCAAAGAGGAAGAUGACAUCAAGGUUGACAAUGUCAUCUGCCGUACCCCUGCUCGCAACGCUCAGAACCUUGACCUUGUCAAGCAGGAGAUCAUGGACAUGGUUGAAAAAGCCGAUGCCGAGUUUGUCUCCGAGACUAUCAACAUCAACCGUCUCUACCACCGUGAGCUCAUUGCUCGUCUAGACAAGAUCGAUGAGCUUGAGAAGAAGUUCAACUGCAAGAUCACUUUCCCAAGCACCGAGGAAGCUAGUGACACAGUCACUGUCUCUGGCCCUGAGUACCAGGUGCCAUUGGCAGUUGAUGAAUUCUUGGGCAUGGUUCCAGAAGCUCACGAGCUCUCCUUCCCUUCCAGCACAGAACUUUCUGAGCACAUGCGCUCCGCCGAGUUCAAGACCGAAGUCCUUGACAAGCUCGAGACCCAGCAUGUUGUUGACGCUCGCGUCAAGGACCCUACGACGGAGACUGUCGAAGGCAAGGAGCAGCAAAUCGAGACGCUCCACCUCAACUUCACCCGCAACAACGCUGGUGGACUGAAGGAUGCACUUGAUUUCUUGAUUAACCACCUUGUCGUGCACGGAUUGGAUGCGAACACCAUCAGUGGCAAUCUCCCACGUCCCAAGUCCGAUUCUUUCGAAGAUUCAUUGCCCUUCUUCGAGUCCAAGUUGCUCCAGCGAGCUGAGCCACCCGUUGAGAGCACCGAUUCUCCUACUCGCUCGCACUUCGGUGACGAAGAUGCAACUCGUCCUCCUGGCAUGCUCGACCGCCUUCGUAAGCCAGGUAGUAUGUCUUCUUUCACAUCCAUCUUCAACGGACGCAAGAACACCAACUCUCCCGGAUCUCUGUUCAAGCAUGCCUCCAGCAAUGCUUCCAAGGCAUCCCUUGCUAGCCUCGAGUCCACCGGUAGCUAUCGCAACCCCUGGAACGACAGUGGCAUCAACCUCGCAGAUGACGAGCACCACGCCAACAGUUGGCCUCAACCUAUGCCAACACCCCGUUACGAAUCCAAGUUUCCUUUUGGUUCUUCUUCCGCGGCGCCUGGAGACGUCACUCCCAGGUACGACCCGCGGGGCUCCGUGGACAGCGGUCGCCCCAGUACUUCUCAUUCUGCAUCUGGAUACCCGGCCCCUAUUGGGCCUCCUCGUUAA